AUGGCGACCAUGUCGUUUGACCAGUUCUCUUCCGAGCACAACGCUGCCCUGCAGGAGCUCAUUACCAUGGUCGAAGAGUCCACUGCUUCGACUUAUGCCACCGCUUCCGCGGUCAUCCACAACAACUCGCCCGCCUCGGACGUUUUUGUCGACAACACCACAUCAUCCACAAACACCCCCGUCGACUUUGACAUUGCAUCCUUCUCCGACGACGACCUUGACAUCCUCGCUGGCUUUGCCCUCGACCUCCCCACCGAGGACGCCGGCCUUUGGAUCACCCCCGUCUCGGCUCCUGCCUCCCCCAAGUCCCCCGUCAUUGCCACCCCGCCGUUUGACGCCGUCUUCCCCACCCCAACAGUCGCUGCUCCUUACGCCUUCCCCGUUGUCAACCCCGACGCCGUUGUCACUGCUCCUGUCGGUCUCCUUCCCGCAUUCCCCAUCACUCCCAUUGUCCGCCGCGUCGUCUCCACGCCGGCCCUCACCACUCCGUCCGACUUUGACAUUGGCGCGUACCUCAACCUCGAGUCGACUCCCGCUGCCGCCGAAGUUGACGUCAACGGCAACGUCUUCCUAGCAACAUCCCCUGCCUUCUCCACCCCCGUCAAGGGCAACUUUUACUCCAACUGGUCCAACACAUCCACCAUGGACCCCUCCCUCAUCAACGGCUCGGCCCAGGCCACUCCAUCCACCCCAAGCCCCGCCACCGGUUGUGCCGCGGCCACCGCAAACCGCUCCCACGCCACCCCUACCCCAACCCACUUUAACAACAACACUGUUGCAGGCCCAUCCACCCCUGUGCGCACCAACCAGCCCCGCAAGAUGCCCGUCACUGCGCCAGCACGCCCACCCAUGGGCCAGCUCCCGCAGUCGCCCCGCACCCCAACCAAGAAGCGCGCCACCAAGGCGUCCAAACAGCCCGGCGACAUGUUCACCUUUUGCAACUUUACCGUUGCCGACGCCGCCAAGAUCAACGCCGGCGUCGCCCCCUCGGGAGGCAAGGGCAAAGGACACAAGCGUUCCUACUCGGAGAGCGCCGCGCAGGACGCCAAGCGCCGCCGCGAGGAGUAG